CGCCUUAAUAUGUAUUUUCUAUUGGAUAUUGUCAACAAAAUUAGUUGGUGGAGUACGCAAAGUCAGAAUAGAGCAUUCCACCAAACUCUGCUCUUUAUUGUUUUCCUUUUGCCAUAUAACAAGCAAGAUUGAUGAAUAAAGCCAAAAAGUAACAGCCAAAUUAAGACCCAGAAAUAAAGUCUCUGUAUUUAAUUCACUUAUUGAUCAUUGAUUCGCGUUGUAUAGAAAAAUUAACCCCAUAGUAGGUGAUCAUAGCAGAAUCCAUAAAAAAAAUAUAUAUACUUAUAUAUUUGAAGUAGGUGGACAGACAAGCCCACAAUUUCCUCAGUUUUGCUUUGAUGGAAGAAAAGAGCCCCGAAGCAAGGAGACAGGUGGCUGAGCUUGAUCUGGAGGGGGAAAAAAUAACAGAAAAAUGUUGGGAUGAAUCAAAGAAGAUGUGGCAGAUAGCAGCACCUGCUAUGCUGACUGCAGUCACCCAAUUCUCUAUCGGGUUUGUCACGGCGGCAUUCGUAGGCCAUUUGGGUGAUGUUGAGCUUGCAGCAGUCUCAAUUGUUCAAAAUGUAAUUGAAGGAUUUGUCUAUGGUGUCAUGCUAGGGAUGGGAAGUGCCCUUGAAACACUUUGUGGCCAAGCAGUUGGUGCAGGGCAGUUCAACAUGCUAGGAAUCUACUUGCAGAGAUCAUGGAUCAUAACCAUCGUCACUGCUUUGUUUCUAGCACCGUUCUAUGUCUUCUCAUCGCCAUUACUAAAGCUCCUUCGUCAAGACAAAAACAUCUCUGACCUUGCCGGGAAGUACUGCAGAUGGGUAAUUCCUCAGUUGUUUGCAUAUGCCCUCAACUUUCCUAUACAGAAAUUUCUCCAAUCUCAAAGCAAAGUUUGGGUCAUGACUGUAUUCUCAAUAUUAUCUUUGGGAAUUCAUGUGUUGUUGAAUUGGGUUCUCAUAACAAAGCUUGGGAAUGGCCUGCUUGGCGCUGCCAUAGCUGGGAACAUUUCAUGGUGGAUUCUUGUCUUCGCUCAGAUAGUUUAUGUGGUUUCUGGAUAUUUUCCCGAUGCGUGGACUGGCUUUUCUUUAUUGGCCUUCAGGUCAUUGACAGGUUUCUUGAAGCUCUCGCUUGCCUCUGCUGUAAUGUUAUGCUUGGAACUAUGGUAUUACACCGCAGUGAUUCUCAUGGUGGGAGGCUUGCAGAAUCCAGCAAUUGCUGUAGAUGCCAUCUCAAUUUGCAUGAACUUACAAUUGUGGACUUUGAUGAUUGCCCUCGGUUUCAACGCAGCUGUGAGCGUGCGAGUGUCCAACGAACUAGGAGCAGGACGUCCAAAAGCUGCAAAAUUCUCAAUAGUGGUGACUGUUUUGACAUCUGCAACAUUUGGAGUUCUGUUUACAGUGGUGAUUCUGGUGACCAAAAACGAUUUUCCCAAACUAUUCACAACAAAGCCUCUUGUUUUGGGGAAGACAUCCAAGUUAGGGUAUUUUUUGGCAGCAACUAUCUUCCUCAAUAGCAUCCAACCAGUUCUUCAUGGGGUCGCAGUAGGUGCAGGCUGGCAGUUUCUGGUUGCCUUUAUCAACACAGGGUGCUACUACGUAGUCGGCCUUCCAAUCGGUGCCUUGCUUGGUUAUGUGUUUAAGCUCAGUGCAAAGGGCAUCUGGGUAGGGAUGUUGGUUGGUGGCUUGCUUCAAACAGUUGUCUUAUUGUUCAUUGUAAUUCGAACAAACUGGAACAAAGAGGCUUUGCAAGCUGGGCAGCGUGUUAGAACAUGGGGCGGUCCAACUGAGCUUCAACGAACUUCGACAUGUUCAACACAACGGAUUGGUGAAAUAUAAACCAAUUGUGCUUGAAUAACGCAUGAGAGGAAGAGGUGGAAGACUUCUUUUUCUAUUGAGGUUUUUUUUAAAUUUUUUUUUUUUUAAUAAUUUGUUUACUUAUUUUAUCAACGCUUCAUAUUUUUGUUUAGUAUUGCCCAUUUUUUAAUAAAGCUUCGCCCCUCUUUUCUUUAUUGUUUA